CUGCGUUUCCCGGCGCGCCAGCGCUGCCUGGGUAUUUUGGGCCUUCGAGGGAUCUGUAGUCGCCGUCUCUGCCGGCGUCCGUAGCCGGGAAACCGAGCGUCCGGCGCCGCGGGUUGUGGUCCGCGAUGUCUGGUGAGGAAGCCCCGCGAAAGGCAGAGUCCUCCGAGGCCCGUGCGGCCGCCGUCAGUGACAUCCAGGAGCUGAUGCGCCGCAAGGAGGAGAUCGAGGCGCAGAUUAAAGCUAAUUACGACGUCCUGGAAAGCCAAAAAGGAAUUGGGAUGAACGAGCCGCUGGUGGACUGUGAAGGCUAUCCCCGGGCGGAUGUGGACUUGUACCAGGUCCGAACAGCACGGCACAACAUCAUCUGUCUACAGAAUGAUCACAAGGCUGUGAUGAAGCAGGUGGAGGAGGCCCUGCACCAGCUACAUGCUCGGGACAAGGAGAAGCAGGCCCGGGACAUGGCUGAAGCCCAAGAAGAGGCCAUGAGCCGCAGGCUGGGCUCCAACAACCCCACCCUACCCCAGGCCUUCGCCAAAGUGAACAGUAUCAGUCCCGGCUCCCCAGCCAGUAUUGCGGGCCUGCAAGUGGAUGAUGAAAUUGUGGAGUUUGGAUCUGUGAACACCCAGAACUUCCAGUCGCUGCAGAACGUUGGCAGCGUGGUACAGCAUAGUGAGGGGAAGCCCCUGAAUGUGACGGUGAUCCGCAGAGGGGAGAGACACCAGCUCAGACUGACGCCAACACGCUGGGCAGGAAAAGGACUGCUGGGCUGCAACAUUAUCCCUCUCCAGAGAUGACUGUCCCCAGGGACCUGCAAGAGAGCUGCCACCACUGGGCCCUGCUCUGGGUCUGGUAGGGAUUUCCUCAUUCUCCUCGAUCUUUGAAGUGUAAGGAUCUGGAAGAGUGCGGGGAAAGCCGGAGCAUCAUGGUGGAGGACCUGCUCUGGCCUUCGGUGUAAUCUCUGUGGAUUGAGGCAUUAAAAAUGUGAUUUGUGCCUA